CUUGCUGCUAGCUCACCGCACCAAAACAAAGAAAGGCGACGAGAACGAUAAUCUAGUAGCCAUGGAAGCGCCGGAUACCGGGAAGAAGGAGCACGACGGGAAGGAGGAGACCAAGCAGCACAACCACAGCCACCACAACCACCACAACCACAGGGAGGAGCACGUCGGCGGGAGGAAGAUUGACUUGGUGAAUUACGUCGUCGGCCUCGGCGCCAUGGCCACUCCAGGAGCCUUUCUCGAGAAGAGGUACCUGGCAUUGACCGGGAGGAAGUACGACAAGAUGGAAGGAUUGAUCGGCCCGGAGCAGAUCGCCAAGGAGCGCAAGCAAGAGGAAGAAGGCGGGGAGAAGAACACCGGCGUCAUCUACGAGUUCUGAUCAGGCAUACCUUGCAUUUAAUUUGGUUCUCCCUCCUGCGUGUGUUGAAUAUAUAUGCUAGCGCCACGUACGUGUGUUGAAUAAGUGGCAGUGUGUGUGCCUACUUCUUCUCUGUGUAUCUUCACUUAUUUGCAUACCUGCUCUCUUUUUUUAAUAAAAAAAUGUAUUCAACUCUUCGGUC